AAUGCCUAAUGGAUGGGAAAACCUAUGACCAUGGUGAAGAAAAGAAACUCGGAAUGUGUCAAAAGUGCUAUUGUAACAAUGGUACCAUGAACUGUGAAAGAAUCCAAGAAUGUCCACCUCUACCUUGUUCAGAAGAAGAUAGUUUUUUCAUUGAAGGAGAAUGUUGUAAAGUUUGCAAAGGUGUCAACUACUGUUCAAAACGUCAUGAUUGUCACUUUAAUGCCAAAUGUAUCAACCUUCACACCCGUUAUACUUGUCAUUGUAAUCCUGGCUAUGAGGGAGAUGGAAAACACUGUCAAGAUGUGAAUGAAUGUCUUCAAAAAGGAGGUCACACAGGUCAUCAUUGUCGUGAUAAUACAAAGUGUGUUAAUGUACCUGGUAGCUAUGUUUGUGAAUGUUUGCCUGGGUACAGACAAGUUGAUCACUAUUACUGUGCAGAAAUAAAUGAAUGCAUUACCGGUGAACAUGACUGUGAUGUGAAUGCUAUUUGUAACAACACCAAAGGAAGCUACACAUGUCAAUGUAAAAACGGUUAUGUUGGAAAUGGAUAUUCAUGUCAACCUGUGUGCAAUCAGACUUGUUUAAAUGGUGGUCAGUGUGUGGCUCCAGGUAUUUGUUCUUGCCGUCAGGGCUACACUGGACCAAGUUGUGAAUUAGAUAUUGAUGAGUGUAAGUUGGGCAUCCAUGAAUGUCAUCCAAACUCGGAAUGUAUCAAUAUGCCUGGAUGGUAUUAUUGUCAUUGUCGUCCAGGUUAUGAGAGCCACUUUGAUAAUAACCAUCAUGGUAUCAUGUGUCAAGACAUUAAUGAAUGUAUGGAAAACACUCAUACAUGUCAUGGAUCAACUGUUUGUAUUAACAAAAAUGGAAGCUAUCUCUGUGAAUGCCAGAAAAACUCAACUUGCUCACUAAGUUGCAUAUAUUAUGGAGCUGAGAAACUGGAUGGUGAAACCUGGUUGGUUGCAGAUUCCACUUGUACUGAGUGCUUAUGUAAGGGUGGUGUUGUUACCUGCCAGAAACAAGAGUGUGACUGUAGCAAACCAGACACUGAUCUUGAUUGUUGUCCUAAUUGUGACUUCUCAUCUUAUUGUCACCACCAAGAAGUAUCAAGAAUAUUCUGCAAUGGUGAACGUUGGGUUUAUCAAUGUCAAGUUUGUGAAUGCUUAUUUGGGGAGAUAGACUGUUGGGAACUUGAGUGUCCUCCAGUGACUUGUGACCACCCUGUUCGUCAUGAAGGUGAUUGUUGCCAUCGUUGUGCAGAUGACAUCUGCAGCUCUCAGACAUUCACCAGAGAUGAAGUCAGUGGAAAUAUCACCACAAAUCUACACCAUGAUCGUGGCUGUACUUACAGGGGACAUUUGUAUCAGUCAGGAGAACAAAUUCCCAUUGGCCAUGACCCAUGCACAACUUGUAAUUGCAAGGGGAAGAACGACCAACAUUCGAAUGGACAGCUCUGCUGCACAUAUACUCCUACUUGUCUUGUCAACUCUGAUAACACUGAUAUCUUACCCUCAAUGGACAAACAGACACAUAUCAGUUCAGUUUUCUUUCAUACCUCUGGUCACCAUCUUUUCAAAAAGGAAGAGGUGGAAAUGGAAAAUACCCCAUUAUUUACAGAGGACAUUAUUCAUACAAGUUCUCCUUUUACAAAACUACUCAAGUUGGCAAAAACAACACAGGCUCCUGACAAACAAAUGGAGAACUAUCACUUAAAGAUACCCUUAAAGACCACUAUGGAAGAUAAUCUAAAUAGCAGCCAUGGAAACACUAAUAACUUGAAUUAUGCCAAAGGUAACCAGGACAAUAAAAAAGAACCACAGGAUUUAAGAGAUUAUCAAGGUAACUCAGAAGACCAGGACAGUGGAAAAAUUUAUCAUGACCACAGUAAAGAAUGGGUUUCCAUACCAAAAGCUAAAAUAGAAGGAAGUCCUUUGUUAACUACGCCUCUGUCAGAGUCUUCUUCAGUGAACAAUGAGUGAUUUCUCAUAAAUUAUAUAAAGGAGAAAGGACAGGAAUAUAUUGGUAUGAGGGUCAAAAGUGGUUUUUUUGCCUUCAGCUCAUAUGCAGUGUCUUUGUGGAAGCUCCAUCUUCCACUUGCUCAGAAGUUCCAGUUUAGUUUCCAGGGGUGGUUUGAAGGAAAAAAAUGGUGGGAUAGUAGCAUUAAUAGAGUUGCGCCAUGUUAUAGUUGAACUGCUGGUCAUUAUUGUUGUAGCGUAUUGAAAGAGGAUUUGUAUUAUUUUCUAAUGUAGUCAUGUUGAAAUGUACAGAGCUUCAUGUGCCAUUCACAUAUUAUAACACAUAUUAGGUUGUACAGAGAUUGUGGUAUAUAUUUAAUUUAUUAAAAGUUUGUUUUCGGGAGAUUAUUUGACAGUGAUGAUUGAAAAUAGGUAAGGUUUAAUUUUGUUAAAUUGGUUUAUUAUUGCCUGAUUUGUAUAUACGUGAUUCAUUUGCCUAAUUGGGCAUUUUGUUGUACCUAAUUUAUUGCCUCAAUUUAUUUUCUUACUAACUUAAAUUCAAAAUCAUUAUAGUUAAAUCUGGAAGAAAUUAUUCUGUACACUAAUUAAACGAGCAGAGCUAUCUUGUAACAAAUGUACAGUCUUAAAAUAGGAAAUUAGUAAGGUAGAUCAUGUAAUAUUAAUUGUGAAGAUAAUAUAUAAACAUAUGUAUAAAGAUAUAUAAUUAUGUACACACAUAUUGCACACGACUGCCAGAAAACAUUUGCUCUAGAAAUCAAGAAAUUACUUGAUGUAUUCAGAUUGCUGUAACUUCAAUAUAUAUAUAUUUUCUAAACAAACUUUCUUUUACUUGAUCUUUAGAAUCAAUGUAUUUGUUUUCAUAAAUAAUUUGAUUAAUAUAUCUAGUCAUUAUUUUAGUCAUAUUUCUCAAUCAUUAACUUUGAUUGUUAGAAAAUUUAUUGAAAGGUUAGUAUUUAUCUAACACAAAAUUGUACCUCAGAGUGUUGUUCCUUAUUGAAUCUUAAAGAAAAUAUUACUUGAGAAAGGAGUUUGUUCCCAAUGCCAUACUGAAGUCAUUAACCUUUUCAUUUAGUGUUUGGAAAUGCAUUAUAAUUUAUUAUUCCUUACAAAGAUUCCAUUCAUAUAAGAUUAAAAAGUGUUUGAGUAAUACUAUUAAGAAAAAUUAAAUGGAAAAUUUGGAAACUACCAUUCAUAUUUUGUGAAAGCUUUUUGUUUUUCAUGUUGAUCCUUCUUUUCAUAGAUAUGCUAAAAUUCAUAAGAUUCUUUGCAUUUGGUUAAAUAAAAACAAGUAUUAUGAAUGUGCCAAACCUAAAUUCCCAUAUGAAAAAUAAUUUUUUCUUUACUAAACGCAUAUGAAAUAAACCUUGCAUGUUAUGUGUGUGUGUGUGUGUGUGUUUGUAGUAAUGAUUUAUACAUAACUUAUAUUUUAUCUUUAUCUUAAACUUACUUUUGAGUACACCCACCUUGUAGUGCUAUUAAGUUUAUCUUCUACUGUUUCCCUUUUUUCAAAAAACAAUAUUGUAUACCAUGAUAAAAAAAUCAAAGAUUUAUAUCACAAAUUGAGUGCUCAUGUCUUAAAACAAUCAAACUCUUUGUGUGACUUAAGAGCUAAUAUUCUAAUUUUAUUAAUAGCCAACAUGGCACUUUGUUACACUAUUUGUAUAAGAAAUAGCAUUGUUAUGCUGUUUUUGAUUUAUCAUAACUACAUCUUUAUUUCUUUAAAUUAUUUUCUUGUUACUUUUAACCACAAGGAAUGACUCUAUGACUUUUAUGAAUUACUGGAAUGAUUAUCAACAUGCAUAAAGCCUACCUUUUAACUGUGCAUCAGCCUGUAAUACCACAUAUAUCUAGAGUCAGAUUCAUAUGCUAUGUGUCAUAUUAUUACCUUGUAGUUGUUCCAUAUUAUGUAGUUUAAAUAGAAAUAAGUGACUCUAUUAGCUUGAAUGACUGAAAAUGGGAUAAAAAAUGUCUAGCAUUUUAAAAUGUAAUAUGGCACUGGUAGAACAUUUUCUAGUUUUUUAUGAGAACUUGAGCUUUCUUGUUAUUGAUAGCUUUGCAAAAAAUACUACUUUUUAUCCCAUUUUGACUUCUCACAGCUAACAUGAGUUAAUCAGUCGGUGAAUUGUGACUUGCCUAGCUAUGCAACAUGUCUUCCUAAUAAUGCUCUGUUACUUGUGUGCAACCAUGAUUAUCCUGGAUUCAUAGCUACAUUUGAUAAACUUACUCAUUACUUUAAUUGUCUCAAUGUUGUUCUAAUAACCUUGUCGAACUAGUAUAAGAAAUUUCAUUAAUAGUGUUCUAGUCUUAUUAAACACCACUGUUCCAGUUAUAAACACUUGAUUGGUGUUUUUAUUAUUUUUUUUAAUUUUAUAGUUUUUAAUCAUCUUCUACAGCCUUUUGAAAAGAAAUAUUGGUGUCUUACAUGUAGCAAUAUGUAGAAGAUACCCAGUACUGUACAAAAUAGCAGAUUAUCUCACAUGCAAGCAGUAUGUAGAAUUUGCCCAAUACUGUACAAAAUAUCAGAUUAAAGUAUUAAUGACUACAACUACAAAUAAACAAGAGCAGCAAACAUUUGAAAAAUAGCACUGUGCAAAGAGAUUUGUGAUGCUAGCUACAUAAUUUAUUGAUAAAUGGUUACUAUUACUGAGAUUAAAUCAAGGUGAAUAUAUUUUAUUAAAACAUGUAUUAAAAAUUUUAAAUUUAUUUUUAAUGAAGUAUGAAAGCAAUUAUUUAAUUAAACUAAAACUUUAAAAAGUAGCCCAAAACAUUACGAUUAUGAACUAAAAAAAUUAAUGUAAAAUUAUGAAUUGGAUGUAUUUUAUGUAACUCAGAAUCAGUUAAUGAUUCUGGGUAAUUUUUUAAGUUAUCAAAAUAUAGAAGUUAGAUACAACUUUCAUUAUGUGGAAAUAUUAAGCUAUAAAAUGAAUAUGUUAACCUUUAUCUUAACAAGUUCAAUAAGUUUAAGUAUUAUUGAAAAAUACUUCAUAACUCAGUAGUUGGUAUGUACAAUAUUUUAUGUUUUUUAAGUGUUUUAUCCUUCAAUAUAUACAAUUUUGAGAGUAAGUUAAUUCCAAAUUAUAUUUUGCUAUAUAAUGUAUAACAGUAUGAUUUUCAAAAUGACCAUACUUGCAUCUUUGAUGUAAUUUUUAAGCACAAUUAACUAAUACUGUUAUGAAUGUCAACAGUCAAACACUUCAGUAUAUAAAUAUUUGAAUACAUAUUGCUGUUGUAAUUCAGCAUUUCUAGUCUUGUUACAAUGUGACUCAUUACCCUUAUAGUAUUUACAAUGGUUGCACAAAAAAUGAUUUUUUUGUUGUAUUUAACAAUCAACUGAUGAUUUGACAUUCUUUGAAACUUCUUUUUUUUUUUUUUAUUAAAGAAUGCACAAUUGUAAGUUUAUUAGUCACAAAAUGUUACAGGAAUAAAUAGGUAAAAACUAAAGGUGUUUUCCUAAUAAGAAAAAAAACAUACUGUAGUCUGAGAGAUUAAUGGAGUGAUUGUAAAUAUUAACAGAAGGUAGCUUGUACACCUGUAUCUUGAUAUAUAAAUCUUUGCUGUUGUCUGAAAAGUUUGCACUUCGAUUUCCUGUUGUAUUGAACCAGAUCUCAGUGUCGAAUUAAAAGUCAUUCCUGCACUAUCA